UACCUGCUUGAUUUAUAUCGGUUACGCUUCAUGUUGACAAGUCCCUCAAAAUGGCGGCCAAACUUGGAGAUUGCCGAAAAUUAGGUAAGUUCACGGAGUGAUAAAGUUCUCGUAAAGGUCGGGCCGCAAAGUUUUUUUCUGUAGUUACCUUUUCUAUGGCACGUACUUCCUAGCUAUGUUAGUUGGAUCAGUUAAGAACGCCUCACUUUUUCAAAAAUUUACCUUGAAUUUGAUCGGUUUUGGCGUGUGUGAUUUAGGCGAACCCGAUAAGGUGUCAUUCAAGUCUUCCUGUUUCCUUGAUUGAAACGUGAUGUUUACGAAAGUCGCCUCGAUAGAUAAGAUAGAGUUAAUAUACAUGGCUGUGGUAUUUGUUUUUUGCUGAGUUCCGUAGUUUUUUGUAAAUUUUCCUCCAAAGUUGUAUGAAAUUAAAGUCUUGAAAAGUGUCACGACAAGCCUUCGCUCGAGUGAAAUUUAAUUUCCGUAAAACUCUGAAAAAUAAAGAGAUCCGAUCAAACCGAUUGUGGUUUUAGUAUAGGUACAUGAAUGUCUUACAACACACGAGAAACGAGCGAAAUCCGUGUCUCAAGCAAAAUCGACCGGACCGCUCUUACAGAGACACUCUCUUAAAAUUUGCGGAGCUCAGGAAUUUUACCGGUACAAAAGAGGGAGGUUUAAGCUUAGUGGGUAUUCUAUAAUUUACAAUGAUGAAAACUCGAUGAGAGAAGCCGAAGUUUCGAUUUUGAUUCGAGUUUAUUUCGCUAUUUAUUAGUAUUUUCUCUGCGAUCGCAGGCAAAAUGUGUGGGAAGUUGGCAAAAGACUUCCAUAAGCUCAUGAAGAGCAUUGCCAGCUUUUCGAACAAUCAGGCAAAUGUUGCCCAUUACGAGGAAAACUUGGAUGCAAUCAGGGUGGAAAUUGUACCGAACGAUGGUCUUUAUUACGGAGGCAGGUUCGAAUUCGAAAUCAAAGCCAACGAUUAUCCAAAGAAUGCUCCAAAUGUCACCUGCAUCACACAAAUUUAUCACCCAAACAUUGACGAACAGGGGGAAAUAUGCUUAAAUCUGUUCAGUGAGUGGGCAGAAACCAAUACUCUGGAGGACUGCGUUCACGGAUUGCUGUUUUUACUGUACAAUCCAAAUCUAGAGGACCCGUUAAAUCCUCUCUUCGAUCCAGAAGUCGAAACUGAUUUUGAAGUGUUCGCUAAGAACGUGCGGUUGUCUCUAGAAGGAGGUGCUAUUGAGGGGUGCGACUUCGAGAGAAAUCUGGUGCACGAGGAUAGCAGCACUGACGAGAAUACUACCGGUGAUCAAGUUCAGGAAGACCUGCAAGCCAAGGAAUGUAAAGAAGCGGUUGAGACUGUUGAUGACGAUGGAUUAAUCGAGAUCCAGGUGGUGGAUGAUGAAAUCGAUUCAAGCGAAGAGGUACCUUCUACAACGAACACCGGCGGCACAGAUCACGCGACCGAAUGUCAUAUGGAUGCAAAUGUAACCAAGAAAUCGGAAGAGACAACUGACUGUAUUUCAGGGGAAAUCAAUUCACAAAGAACUGAAGAGGAACCUGUUGUUCUAGUUGAAAUCGAAAGAAGGGCAAACCACCUUGAAGAACAUGGAUGAAAUAAAGAAACUUUUCCAACUUUUAUUAUUUAGAGCAUGUAAAUGUUGUAGUAUGCGUAUGUCUUGGAAAUCGUAUGAAGGGGAUACACAUCAAUGAUAUGGCUACAGAAAUUUCAUUCAAGAAUAUUUGAGAUUUCGAUAAGAUUGCAUCGGUGUUUCUAGAGCGACUUACGUGCUUCCAUGAAGAGCUCUGCGCCGGAAAAAAAGUUAUGCGAAUUCCCGGCUGUUCAUUGAAUGUGCAGCCAGUAAUUUGGAUAAGUAAUUUAAGCCAAGGUUUGACGCCUCUCGGUGGCAUGAGGUGUAAGCUGAACAUUUCAGGGCAUCUGAUAAUCGCUACGAAAAAGUUACUAAAGAUCCCCUCAUUGUAGCCCAAUACUUGGCCAAGAUAUUCUGUAGAGUUUAUAACUAUAUUUUAACUGUAAUUACGUUAGCACUUUAGUACAGAACAUUCAUCUGCCGCUGAACCGUCGUGUUUUCCGAGGCAAACCAUUCGUACUAAAAAUAAAAACUGGUGGAUAGUGCCCUUAUGCGUGGUUUUUCUUCUUGAAGAUUAGAGAAAAUUUCCAACCUAGUUGAUGUCAAGAUCUUAGAUUAUGCUCAGAGCUUGCUAAUUGCUCAGGAAAGUAUUAGGAAAGUAUCCCUAGUGAACAGUUGAACACUUUUACAAGGGAUGUAACCAUUAGGUGAGACCUUAACACCUAAUACUAGCCUAGUUGACAAGGUUAAGAAAGAGAAGCCCACGGAGUUUAAACACUUUUAGACGUUCCCGGACUGUUCUACCGUAUUUAAUAGACAGGCUAUGACUGUUUGCAUGUGUCAUUCUGUGCAUAGUAAUACACUUAAACUGAUGAAUUGAGUACUUAGUUGGUCCUAUUGGGCCCAUGCAUUACUGACGUGGUGUCCAGCUACAGUACCAAUGGGUGGCUUUGUGGCCCAGUUGUUAGGAACAUCAAACUGAUCUCAGCGGAGAGAAAUGUACCAGUUCAAGCCAUUCAGAUAGAAUUUGAUUACACGC